AUUUAAGCUUCUCCAAUCUCUCAUUUUAAUUUUUUUUGGAAAUUCAAAAGAAUUAUUAAAUCGAAACAAUUUAGAAAAAAAAAAGUUUUUGUUUGAUUCCGGUCUAUCAUCUUCUUCUUCUCCAGCUCACAAUUUCAAUUUCAACUCAACCGCCGUUUUUUUUAUUCCGAAGCUGCUUUUUUGGAAGUUACAGAAGACCAGACCAGACCAGACCGGACCAGAGAAGAGAUCGUUUGGUGGUGAUAUUAGUGUGGUCCGAUCCGAGUCAGUGAGAUUAAUUUCUGGUCGACUCGGUUUUUCUUGUCCUCUUUUAAUGAGUUGAAAGAGGAGGAAGAUCACACUGUAGAAUCGCCAUGGCAACCACAGUUAAUAUUAUAGUGGGUUCUCAUGUAUGGGUUGAAGUUCCAAAGGUGGCAUGGAUAGAUGGGGAGGUUUUCAAAAUUAAUGGUGAAGAAGUUCAUGUUCAUACCACAGAUGGGAAAACAGUUGUUGCAAAUAUAUCCAAAGUUUUUCCCAAGGAUACUGAAGCUCCUCCUGGUGGGGUUGAUGACAUGACAAAGCUGUCAUAUUUGCAUGAACCAGGAGUUUUGCAUAACUUGGCCGCGAGAUAUGAGCUUAAUGAAAUAUAUACGUACACCGGAAAUAUACUAAUCGCAAUAAACCCAUUUCAAAGAUUACCGCAUCUGUAUGAUACUCAUAUGAUGCAACAAUAUAAAGGUGCUGCAUUUGGAGAGCUAAGCCCUCAUGUUUUUGCAGUUGCAGAUGUUGCAUAUAGGGCAAUGAUUAAUGAAGGUAAGAGCAACUCAAUUCUAGUUAGUGGAGAAAGUGGUGCUGGUAAGACUGAAACGACAAAGAUGCUCAUGCGCUAUCUUGCACACUUGGGUGGUCGAUCUGGGGUGGAAGGGAGAACUGUUGAACAGCAAGUUUUGGAAUCCAAUCCAGUUCUUGAAGCAUUCGGCAAUGCUAAAACUGUGAGGAACAACAACUCAAGUCGAUUUGGUAAAUUUGUUGAGCUUCAAUUUGACAAGAACGGGAGGAUAUCUGGCGCGGCUGUGCGAACUUAUUUGCUUGAAAGGUCCCGGGUUUGCCAGAUUUCAGAACCUGAAAGAAAUUAUCACUGUUUCUACCUUCUGUGUGCUGCUCCACCUGAGGAAAGGGAGAAAUAUAAGUUGGACAGCCCUAAAUCUUUCCAUUACUUGAACCAAUCCAACUGUUAUGAGUUGGAUGGAGUAAAUGAUGCUGAGGAAUAUCUUGCAACUAGAAGGGCUAUGGAUGUAGUUGGCAUUAGCGAAGAAGAGCAGGAGGCAAUCUUUAGGGUUGUAGCUGCAGUUCUACAUCUUGGUAACAUUGAAUUUGCAAAAGGGGAGGAAAUAGACUCUUCUGUUAUCAAGGAUGAAAAAUCUUGGUACCAUCUAAAUACUGUAGCAGAGCUGCUCAAAUGUAAUGCCAAGAGCUUAGAAGAUGCACUGAUAAAGCGUGUUAUGGUAACUCCAGAAGAGAUUAUUACAAGGACUUUGGACCCAGUUGGUGCACUGGGCAGCAGGGAUGCCUUUGCUAAAACCCUUUAUUCCCGCUUGUUUGACUGGCUUGUGGAAAAAAUUAACAACUCGAUUGGGCAGGAUCCAAACUCGAAACAAUUAAUUGGAGUUCUUGAUAUAUAUGGGUUUGAAAGUUUUAAGUUCAAUAGUUUUGAGCAGUUUUGCAUCAACUUUACAAAUGAAAAAUUGCAACAGCAUUUCAAUCAGCAUGUCUUCAAAAUGGAACAAGAAGAAUAUACAAAAGAGGAAAUAAACUGGAGCUACAUAGAAUUUGUAGAUAACCAAGAUGUCUUGGAUCUGAUUGAAAAGAAACCCGGGGGAAUUAUAGCACUUCUGGAUGAAGCUUGCAUGUUCCCGAAAUCAACGCAUGAAACUUUUGCUCAGAAGUUGUACCAGACAUUUAAAAACAACAAGCGUUUCAUCAAACCUAAACUUUCUCGUACUAGUUUUACCAUUGCUCAUUAUGCGGGGGAGGUAAAUUAUCUGGCUGAUCAGUUCCUUGACAAAAACAAAGAUUAUGUAGUGGCAGAACAUCAAGAUCUCCUCCAAGCUUCAAAAUGCUUCUUUGUAGCUGGUCUCUUUCCUCCACUUCCAGAGGAAUCAUCUAAAUCCUCUAAAUUCUCUUCCAUUGGGUCACGCUUCAAGCUACAACUCCAAUCUUUGAUGGAGACCCUGAAUUCCACUGAGCCCCACUAUAUUAGAUGCGUGAAGCCAAAUAAUGUUUUGAAGCCUAUGAUUUUUGAGAAUGCAAACAUUAUCCAGCAAUUACGUUGUGGUGGUGUUCUUGAGGCAAUUAGGAUCAGCUGCGCUGGAUAUCCUACAAGGAGAACUUUUGAUGAGUUUCUUCUCCGUUUUGGUGUUCUUGCACCUGAAGUUUUGGAUGGAAACAAUGAUGACAAGGCUGCAUGCCAAAUGAUUCUUGAUAAAAGGGGAUUGAAAGGUUAUCAGAUAGGAAAGACCAAAGUCUUCCUCAGAGCUGGUCAGAUGGCUGAACUUGAUGCAAGAAGGGCGGAGGUGCUUGGAAAUGCUGCCAGAACUAUUCAAAGACAAAGCCGCACAUAUAUUGCACGGAGGGAGUUCUUUGCAUUACGAAAAUCUGCUAUUCAAUUGCAAUCUUAUUGCCGAGGUGUAUUGGCUCGCAAACUAUUUGAGCAGUUGCGACAGGAAGCGGCAGCAUUGAAUAUUCAAAAGAAUUUCAGAAGAUACACUACCAGGAAAUCCUAUUUGGCUCUGUAUUCAUCUGCAAUUACAUUGCAGACAGGCUUAAGAGCAAUGAUUGCCCGUAAUGACUUCAGAUUCAGAAAGCAAACAAAAGCUGCAAUUGCUAUCCAGGCACAAGUGCGUCGCCACAUAGCAUAUUCUUAUUAUAAGAAGCUUCAAAGGGCUGCUUUAGUUACUCAAUGUGGCUGGAGGCAAAGGGUUGCUAGGAGAGAGCUUAGAAAACUUAAAAUGGCUUCAAGGGAAACAGGAGCCCUUAAAGAAGCAAAAGAUAAAUUAGAAAAGCGCGUGGAAGAGCUAACAUGGCGGUUACAAUUAGAGAAGAGACUGAGGACUGAUUUGGAAGAGGAGAAGUCCCAAGAAAAUGCCAAAUUACAGGAUGCUUUGCAUGCAAUGCAAAUACAAGUAGAAGAAGCAAAUGCUAGAGUAAUCAAAGAAAGAGAGGCCGCUCAAAAAGCUAUUGAAGAGGCACCUCCAGUCAUUAAGGAGACUCCUGUCAUUGUUGAAGACACAGAAAAGGUUGAAAACUUGAUGGCUGAAGUGGAGAGUUUGAAGGCUUCACUGGUAUCAGAACAACAGACAGUAGAGGAGGUGAGGAAAGCUUGUGCUGAUGCUGAGGCUAGAAACUCUGAACUAAGCAAGAAAUUUGAAGACGCGUCACAGAAGGCGGAUCAACUUCAGGAAUCAGUUCAGAGGCUAGAGGAGAAACUUUCCAACUUAGAGUCUGAGAACCAAGUUCUUCGUCAGCAAGCACUGACCAUGUCACCAACAGGGAAAACCUUGUCUGCACGACCAAAAACAGUAAUCAUACAGAGGUCUCCGGAGAAUGGAAAUAUUACAAAUGGAGAAAGCAAGGUGGCAUCAGAUAUGAUUGUUGCUACACCAAAUGUUCGUGAACCUGAAUCUGAGGAAAAACCACAGAAAUCUCUCAAUGAAAAACAGCAGGAGAAUCAAGAUCUGCUGAUCAAGUGUAUAUCACAAAACUUGGGAUUUUCUGGGGGCAAACCUAUUGCUGCGUGCAUUGUGUAUAAAUGCCUUCUUCACUGGAGGUCAUUUGAAGUUGAAAGAACUAGUGUGUUUGAUCGUAUUAUUCAAACAAUAGCUUCAGCCAUAGAGGUCCCAGAUAACAAUGAUGUCCUAGCCUACUGGUUAUCUAAUUCAUCUGCAUUAUUGCUGUUGCUUCAACAUACACUAAAAGCAAGUGGAGCUGCCAGUUUAACACCACAACGGAGGCGAACAACGUCGGCUUCUCUUUUUGGGAGGAUGUCUCAAGGGCUACGGGCAUCUCCUCAAAGUGCUGGUCUCUCAUUUCUCAAUGGUCGAGCACUUAGUAGACUGGACGAUCUACGACAAGUGGAGGCCAAAUAUCCAGCACUACUGUUUAAGCAACAGCUUACUGCCUUCCUUGAGAAGAUAUAUGGAAUGAUAAGAGACAAUUUAAAGAAAGAGAUCUCUCCAUUGCUUGGAUUAUGCAUUCAGGCUCCAAGAACCUCUCGGGCAAGUUUAGUAAAAGGACGCUCCCAGGCUAAUGCUGUUGCUCAGCAAGCUUUAAUUGCUCAUUGGCAGAGCAUUGUGAAAAGCUUGAACAAUUAUUUGAAUAUAAUGAAGGCAAAUUAUAUGCCUCCCUUCUUAGUUCGUAAAGUAUUCACUCAAAUAUUCUCAUUCAUCAAUGUUCAGCUAUUUAAUAGUCUUCUUUUGCGACGAGAAUGUUGCUCAUUCAGCAAUGGAGAAUUUGUGAAAUCAGGUUUGGCUGAACUAGAGCAGUGGUGCUACGGGGCAACUGAGGAAUUUGCAGGCUCGUCUUGGGAUGAAUUGAAGCAUAUAAGACAGGCUGUUGGAUUCCUUGUCAUACAUCAAAAACCUAAGAAGACACUAAGUGAAAUUACAAAAGAACUUUGUCCGGUACUGAGCAUACAGCAAUUAUAUAGGAUCAGUACAAUGUACUGGGAUGACAAAUAUGGAACACAUAGUGUGUCUUCAGAUGUAAUAAGUAGCAUGAGAGUUAUGAUGACCGAGGACUCAAACAACGCUGUCAGCAGUUCAUUUCUGCUAGAUGAUGAUUCUAGCAUUCCAUUUACUGUGGAUGACAUCUCUAAGUCAAUGAAACAAGUAGACAUAGCUGAGAUUGAUCCUCCACCAUUAAUUCGUGAAAACUCCGGCUUUGGGUUCCUACUACCACGCUCCGAGUGAUGAUCAUUAUCUCCUGCCACAUCAGAAUCCUGUCGCAGUCAGUGCUCUAGAACCUGUGCAUAUAACCGCAAUUGUUCAUCACCAUCAAUGUGUAUAAUAAUUUUGCAUUAGUCCAGGAUGCCAUAUUUGGUUGUCCAAGUUAAUCAGUCUUGCCUCGGUGUUACAUAAGCAACGGGGCUUUAUUACGAUGCCACCGUCACAGUUAGAUGUGAUGGUGUGCAACCAUUCAAGGCAAUGGUGCCUCGAUUUUUCUCAUGCCUAAGACAGGCUUCUUUCAUAUUUUUUAAUUUUUUUAUAUUUGUUGGGUUUUUUUUGGGUGCUCUAGUGGUUUUUGGAUGUAAAUGACAUCUGCCGCAUUUUAUAGGCAAUUAUUUGUAUGAGAGAACAAUUUGUAUGUAGUCACAUAUUCUUUUUCUUCCUGACA